CAUUUGCCUCCCUUCUCCUUCCUCCGCACUUUGAAUUCACGCUGCGCCCGGCUUCCUCACCUCCGCCCCCGCCCAUGCAUGCGAAGCAGCAGUGCUUCCAUUACUUCCCAAUUACUCCUCUCGCUCUUUCUCCCACCCUCCUCCCUUCAAUUGUCAUUCUCGGUCCAUCACUCGAGCCUAGCACUAGCACCAGCAUCAUUUUCACCAACCUUCUACCCGUGCUCGGUAAUCUUCUCCCCGCGCGCGUUUCUUGGCUCGCCCCGGAAUUUCCAUCGCACCAACCACCGGCCACCUGCACCAUAUCUUUCUUUUUCUCUCUCGCCUCACCGUAAUCCUGAAUUUUCAUCGCGCCGACACCGACCGAGCCAUCCAUCCACCGCCCUCCACUUUCCCAGCGACCAAAUCCAAUCUUCGCAACCACAUUGCUGCGGCCCUGCUUCCCUUUUGCACCCGAUCAACUUCCUCUUCAUCCCCGCUCCCUUUCCGGCACCGCCGUGCCCAGCAUCUGGCCGUUUGCGCGGCACAGUCCGAUGGUCUUUGCGGCCUGAUUGCUCCGGGCCCGGCCAGAGAUCCACCAGUUCGGGAGGAGCAAGAAGCUGCAGGCUGGUGGCAGCUCCCAUAAAUGGCGGACUCGGAGCUGUCCCGUAGCACGGUGGUGUUCGGGCUCCGCUUGUGGGUGCUCCUCGCCAUCGCCGUCGGCGCCGCCUCCGCGCUGCUCCUUGUCCUCCUCUCCGUCCUCUGCUUCCUCGGCUCACGGCGGCGCCGGCCAACCACCCCCGCCCACCACCUCCCCACGUCCGCGCCUCCGAGUAAGGAUGCCAGGAAGGUCAACGCGCCCGAGGGCAUCCAAGAAGCCCCCUCCCACGCCGCCGCGAAGAUGCCUCUGGCGCGGGUGCUGCAGUCCCCCAUAACGCCGCCGCCGUCGGUCAAGGAGCAGCGCGUGGCGUACCCGGAGCAGCCCCCGCACCACAGCCACCGGAGCAGCGGGAUGCCAUCGUCGCAGGGCAGCACCUGCGAGAGCGGGGACGGCGCGGCCCCGGCGCACCACGCGCCCAAGGCGGCGCCGGAGGUGUCCCGCCUCGGGUGGGGCCACUGGUACACGCUCGAGGAGCUGGAGACGGCGACGGAGAUGUUCGCCGACGAGAACGUGAUCGGCGAGGGCGGGUACGGGAUCGUGUACCACGGCGUGCUCGAAGACGGCACGCAGGUCGGCGUCAAGAACUUGCUUAACAACAGGGGGCAGGCGGAGAAAGAAUUCAAGGUUGAGGUCGAAGCAAUUGGCCGUGUUCGGCACAAGAACCUUGUGCGCCUUCUAGGAUACUGUGCCGAGGGGAAUCAGAGGAUGCUUGUGUACGAGUAUGUUGAUAAUGGCAACUUGGAACAAUGGCUCCACGGGGAUGUUGGACCUGUAAGUCCCCUUACAUGGGAACACAGGAUGAAGAUCAUAUUAGGGACGGCAAAAGGGUUAAUGUAUUUGCAUGAGGGGCUUGAGCCGAAGGUGGUUCACCGGGACGUCAAGGCAAGCAACAUCCUUCUUGAUAAGCACUGGAAUGCUAAGCUCUCCGAUUUCGGACUUGCGAAACUCUUAGGCCCAGAGCGGAGUUACGUAACUACACGAGUUAUGGGAACUUUCGGGUAUGUUGCUCCGGAGUAUGCGGGGACUGGGAUGUUAAACGAAACAAGCGAUGUAUAUAGUUUUGGGAUUCUUAUCAUGGAAAUAAUAUCUGGUAGAGUACCAGUGGAUUAUAACAGGCCACCCGGAGAGGUAAACUUAGUUGACUGGUUGAAGACAAUGGUGAGCACCAGAAACUCUGAGGGGGUUGUGGAUCCAAAGAUGCCCCAGAAGCCUGCCUCUAGAGCAGUGAAGAAAGCUUUGCUCGUGGCGUUGCGAUGUGUGGAUCCUGAUGCUUCCAAGAGGCCAAAGAUUGGACAGAUCAUUCACAUGCUUGAAGUUGAGGAUUUCCCCUACAACAGAGAUGAACGUCGAGGCGGUAGAGCUCCAACGAAGGCAAGGUUGCCCGGGAAACCGACUAACGGAAUAGACGAUGGUGAAAUUGACAACAGUGGGGACAACCACGACCAACCUUUCAGAUGGAAAAAUACAGUGGCCUAGGUACUUGUUCGGUUACCAAGUUAUGUGGAACCCCAUGUUGUAAAUAGGGACAAUACCUGGUGAAGCUGCAAAAUGUCAUUAUUUUAGUGUGAUUCACGGAGAACAUCACAUCGAAUGUAUAUGUCAUCAAAGGAAAGUAGUAGUAAUCCCUGAUUAUUUAUCCAAUUGGAGAUGUUUUUACAUGAUAAUGCCAUGAUCUUUUAAGUUAACAACAAAAUGUUAAAGCCCUCAGACGGCCUUUGGUUAAAAA